AUGAAUCUGAUGACAGAGAGUAAUGGGAGGGUUGUCAGUUGUGUUGGAGAAGAUAGAAUCAGUAACCUGCCAGAACACUUGAUAGAUUCAAUCUUAGAACGGAUCCCAGUUCAAGACACAGUAAGGACAAGCAUUAUAUCAAAAAGUUGGAGGUACAGAUGGACCAAAUUGAAGGCUGUGGUUUUUGAUAAACAUUUCUCCAAUAAAUUUGCAAAAAAUGGAGCUUUUGGUCGUAAUGGGUUUGUCAGGAUCAUCAACCAAGUCUUGUUCCUUCACAAGGGUCCUAUCUUGAAAUUUCAUCUCAACAUACCAAACAUGGUUCUUGAUAGCUUCCUGGAAGUUGAUCAAUGGAUGUCAUUCUUAUCUAGACAGGGUGUUACUGAACUCGUCCUUACUAAUUUAAAUCAACGUUAUGAACUUCCUUCUUAUCUGUUUUGUUUUCUAGAAUUGAGAAAGUUGGAACUGCAAAACUGUUUCUAUAAGCCACUUGAGUUUGAAGGAUUUCUCAAUCUUGAAGAACUUUUUCUCAAGGAUAUCGAUUUUGGGGCUAGCUUGAGUGGAGCUAAGGUCAACCUACCACAGCUUAAGAAGUUGUCCCUGUAUUGGUGCAUAAAUGUUUACAAUUUCAAUAUUAAGGCUACAAAACUGCAGUAUUUGGAAGUCCUAACUUGCCCUGAUGCCAUGUUGAUCCAGUUAUUAGACAGUCCAUGCCUUUUUGAGGUUGUAAUUAUUUUGCAGAACCGCAUACAAGAUUAUGAACAAGCUGAAAAAACUAAUUUGGCCACAAUUUUUAGUAACUUGCCCACAGUUAGAACCUUUGGUAUUGACAGUUAUUUUGUUAAGUUUUUGGCUGCAGAAAAGAUUCCUAAAUUGCUUCCACAUCCGAUUUGUAGUUUAAAAUGUCUCUGGUUGCUGUUUUUUCAACUUGGUGAUUUGGAUCUACUUCAUGCUGCUCUUUGUUUGCUUCGAAACUCACCCAAUCUGGAAAGUCUGCAUAUGUAUAUGCAGGACAUGCAGGAUCCCCGAGUAGAUGUGGGACCUGCUUCAAAUCAUUUGGAAUCCCCAAACUGCUUGGAUUGUACAUUGGAUCAGUUGCAAACUGUUGAGAUAACAUAUUUAGAAGGAUCAAAACCAGAACUUCUUUUUAUAAAGCUUCUUCUUGCUCAUUCCCCUUCUCUCGAGAAGCUUACCAUCACAGCAAGUGGAGAUCUUGAUGCUAAAAAAAUACUUGCCAUCUCAAAGGAUGUUAUGCGCUUCCCUCGAGCAUCACCAAAAGCAGAAGUGGUCUACUUGAACUCGGAGGCAUAAUUUUGGGUGAUUUUGAUGACAAUGGCAAGUUCGCUGGAUUAUUUUGCUUUAUACUUUCGUCUCUAUAAGUAUGUAACUACUCGUACUUGAAUUUUGCUUCUCUUUGGUGUGUGUUGAUACUUGUAAAUAGUUAAAGAAGAG